AUGCUGCUGCUGAGGUGGAGCCGUUCGUUGCUACGGAGCAGCGUGCAGUUCCUCGUUGUCUCACAGCCCGCAUCUUCGGUGACUGGCACAGAUCGGAUCCAUAGUUCUCUCCUACACGGCAGGCCUGGCGGACAUCUGUGCGGAGUGUCCCGGAGUGAACAGCAGCGGGCGAUGGCAGAGAAGAGGCAGCUGGUGGUAGAGGAGGAGAGAUUAUGUAAGGUUUCAGAAGAUGAUGAAAGGGAUGAUGAAUGUUUAACAUCUAACCAGUACCCAAAAGAGACCGUCCGGAAACGCCAAAACUCAACCCGCAGUUCAAGAAGCAGUGAGUCUUCACGGUCUUCCCGAAAGAGCUUCAAGUUGGAUCUGAGAUUAGAAGAGGAUGUGACUAAGUCUAUGAAGGACAAGAAUGGGAGAUUUGUCAAUCCUUGGCCUACAUGGAAGACUCCUGCCUAUCACAGUGUUCUUAAAUGGGCUAUAACUGAGAAAGAUAAUAGCAAUGUCCCCCAGUCAAAAGAGGAACUUGACAGGGAACUUCCAGUUAUUGAGCCAUAUUUUGUGCAACAUCCAGAGUCUGCAGGCAAGACACAGAAUGGGAUACGGAUCACCUGGUUGGGGCAUGCAUCUGUCAUGGUGGAAAUGGAUGACUUGAUAUUUCUUACAGAUCCUGUCUUCAGUCAGAGAGCUUCUCCAGUAGGCAUUUUAGGUCCAAAGCGUUUUAGAGGGCCACCGUGUACAAUAGAACAGCUUCCAAAAAUCGAUGCUGUUGUGAUCAGUCACACACAUUAUGAUCACCUGGAUUACAACACUGUACGUGAUCUGAAUCAGCGGUUUGGCUCUGAACUGAGAUGGUUUGUUCCAUCAGGGCUCUUAAACUGGAUGCAAAGCUGUGGCUGUGAAAAUGUAAUUGAAUUAGACUGGUGGGAGCAAAAUUGUGUUCCUGGACACGAUGAGGUGACCUUUGUUUUUACCCCCUGCCAACACUGGUGCAAAAGGACACCAUUUGAUGAUAACAAAGUACUAUGGGGUAGCUGGUCUGUUCUUGGGCCUUCAAAUCGGUUCUUUUUUGCUGGCGACACAGGUUAUUGUGCUGCUUUUGAACAGAUUGGUAAGAGAUUUGGACCGUUUGAUGUAGCAGCAAUUCCCAUUGGAGCCUAUGAGCCAAGAUGGUUUAUGAAGUGUCAACAUGUGGAUCCCGAAGAAGCCGUCAAAAUUCACGCUGAUAUCCAUUCCAAGAAUUCUGUUGGAAUUCACUGGGGAACAUUUGCACUAGCUAAUGAGCAUUACUUGGAACCACCGAUAAAACUGAGAGAAGCCUUGGAACGAUGCAGACAUAGCCCGGAAGAUUUCAUCGUUCUGAACCACGGAGACUCCAGACUCUUUACCACAGGAGCCAAUUGCGCUCUGAAGGAUGGCUGUAGUAAAUAAUGGCCUGCAGUUGAACCGGUUUCUGGUGUUUUAACUUUCCUACUGACUUGCACCAAAGUUUGUCUACAUUUCUAUCAGGAAUAAAGUAUAUUCCUAAUUCUAAUCAAAUAAUAGGUGUUGCUAAUGUAUUUUACUUGAAUAACACACUGAAUUGUGUUUUUGUAAAUGACUAAAUUUAGAGCAACGUAAGCUGGGAUCUGCCAAACAUUUUACGUUUGGCCGCGCACAUUACCAGCAAUGCACAUUGCUUGCAAAAUGAGACACCUUAACAUAUUACAUUGAUGAUGGUGCCUUUUUCUUUUUAGCAAGAUGGAAGCUAACGCUUCAGUUGUUGAGAUGCAUGAACUCACAUUUUGGCAUGCACACCAGCUGCAUUUUAUCAUUUCCAUACAACAGCUUACCAUGGUGUAAUGUGUAUGUAAUCCAUACCGGCUGAUACUAACAGAACUGUAUAUUUUCCACCUUUUGCAUACUAAGUCUUAGCUAAGCAGAAAUUAUGUCAACCUUUUACCCUGCCUUUUACAGACAACCCACUGAAUUUACUUUAUUAAAAUCGAUGUUCAGAGU